AGUGGCAUGCACGCAAGAAGAAGAACGCUGUGUUGUGUUGCAGACUUCAUUGUAAGAUAUCAACUCUCCCUUUGAUUGGUUAGCACCGUUCAUCGACGCCCCCGUUAAGACAGAGUAGUCCCAAAGUACAGUCGAAAACUCGAACCGAAAGCUGCCAUGUACCUGUACCUGUGUGGCCUGCUGCUGCUCUACUAUGUCUACCGCUGGUUUAGAGAGCUCAGCACUGUCCCAGACAAGGGCAACAAGUAUGUGUACGUGACGGGCUGCGACUCAGGCUUCGGCCAGCUGCUGGCCAAGACCCUGGACUCGAAGGGUUUCCGGGUCAUCGCGUCCUGCUACACGGAGAAGGGCGAGGAGGAUCUGAAGAAAGCUUGCUCCGACCGUCUGACCACCCUUCACCUGGACGUGCGCAGCAACGACAGCAUAAACAAGGCUGCCGCCCUCAUCAAGGACAAAGUCGGAGAGAAAGGUCUGUGGGGAGUGGUCAAUAAUGCUGGCGUAUCAGUGCCCUCGGGCCAGUGCGAUUGGCUGACCAUCGACGACUACAAGUUCAUGAUGGAUGUCAACCUCAUGGGGGUCAUCGCCGUGACACUGAGCGUGCUGCCCUUCAUUAAGAAGGCGCAGGGACGGGUGGUGAACAUCUCCAGUGUGUUUGGGCGAAUCGCCCCCACUGGGGGUCCCUACUGCGUCUCCAAAUAUGGAGUGGAGGGCUUCUGUGACAGUCUCAGGUUGAACAUGCAUGCCUUCGGUGUUAAAGUAAUCUGCAUCGAGCCAGGUUUCUUCAAGACCAACGUGACCGACACUGAAAUCCUGAUGCGGAACGUCCAACAGCUGUGGGAUAAGUUGCCACAGGAAAUUAAGGAGGAAUACGGCGAUGACUUUGUCCCCAAAGUAAACAAGGUAAUGGUGGACAAAUUCGCCAAACUACCUGAUGCGGACCUGAUGAAGGUGGUCAACUGCAUGGUGCAUGGCAUCUCGGCGGAGCACCCGCGCAAGCGCUACUCGGCCGGCUGGGAUGCCAAGCUCUUCUGGCUGCCCCUGUCAUACAUGCCCUCCUGUGUGUCUGAUUACCUGCUGCUAAAGGACGCUGUCAAACCAGCCAAAGCUGUCAACUAGGCCUUAAAGCUGAGCCUUGUUUUGGAUCAGUCAGUUGUCACUCUCUCUACCCUUACGCAUUUUGGUGUUGUUCUUUUUUAAUACACAUAUUUCACAAACAUAUAUUUUAUAAUACAUAUGUUUUUAAUCUUAAAUAUAGGCUCUGAAUGUGUAUCUGCCAUACAAUGCAGAUCUGUUAUAUGUCUGUUCAGUAUGGCAAGUGGCAACGUAAGAAUGGUCCACAUUUAAUGUAGUUGUGUCUUCAAAUAUUGGUCAUAUAGUUGUUAGUAUCCAGAAAACAUUCUGUAUAUGUGAACAUUUGCAUAAAGAUGUUACAUGGAACUGUGAAACAAAUUGAAUUGAAGGUUUAAAGAAUUUCCUGGUUA